UUUAUUUUUGAACUGCUUUGCUUUCCAUACUUUUCUGUCGUAAGACGUACAAAUUUGAUGUAUUAAUGCGAAUGCCGAACAAGACGUUUUGGCACAAUCCGCAUUCCAUACAUAAUAGCCUUCCUAUAAAUAAACCAUGGUGAGCACAGUUACUGACAGCUGUGGGUGCUGGUGGUUGGGAUGGCGGGGCUUUGACAAAGGUGGAAGUGAAAGUGUGACCGUUUGAAAACAGUCGAUCUGUUACACAGCAAUCAGAGAUGGAUAAGUUUAAGACGGCUCUGAACAUUGCCAACAAACAGACCAACUUUGGUUUCGGGUUGGUCGCCCUGCUGACAGCAGGAGGGGAGCAGAUCUUCUCCUCAGUGGUGUUCAGUUGUCCCUGCAAUGAGCUGAACUUCCUGUACGGCAUGGUGUUCCUGCUGGUGCCCGCUCUGGCUCUGCUGCUGCUGGGUUACAUCCUGAGUAAGAAGACGUGGAAGCUGUUGACGGGUCUGUGCCAGCGCAGGGCCAAGCUGUGCCGCUGGAGGAGGCUGGCUGCCUUCGUCAACAUCAGCAUCACCGCGCUGGUAGCGCCUUCCAGCUGGAUUGCUGUGGCUCUGCUCAACGGGAACUACUAUGAGUGUGCAAUGACCGGGACCAAUGUGAGCACUUACAUCAAGCUUCUGUGUGGAGAUAAGAACUCUCUGGUCCAUUGUCAGAAGGAGCUGUACAGGUUCCCCUGUGGGACAGGCAGCAGUGUACCGCAGGCUGACAUAAAGGAUGUUCUGCUCACCCUGAGAGCCCAGUCUCAGAUUCUGGGUUGGCUGCUCAUCACCUCUGUCAUGUUGUCCAACCUGUUGCUAAUAUGUGUGGCUCGGUGCACCUCCCCCAUCAGCUACCUGCAGCUCAAGUUCUGGAGGGCGUAUGCUCAGGAAGAGAGCAACAUGAUAGAUUCAUACAGCGCAAAGCACGCCAAAGAGCUCGCUGAGAGGAACCUGAAGAGCUUCUUCAACCAGACACUGCCUGAAAACAUCAUCACCCCUUCCAACAAGGACUGGGAGAAGAUCUCCUCCCUCUACAAGUUUAAUACCAAAGACCACUACUAUAGCACCUUGCACCAGUAUGUGGAGAACUGCCAGGAGACCAGCAGCGGGAUGAUGAGGAUGGAUUCGGUCAAGUCAAGUGAGCCUGCUGACAACAACCCUGCGGUUCUUCAUUUUGUAGAUGAUGGCAGAAUGGUGCUGUGAGGAGGUUUGUCACAUCAAAGGGUUGUCUGUGAUAGGGUUGGACCAGUUUGAUGAUAUAUGGAUUAUACUGAUAACGUCAGAGAACUGCACACAGUGCAGGUCUGGCUCUUAGGAGUUAAUCCAAAGAGCCACGGGGCAGUGAGAGAUGAAAGACUUGAUUUUGUUAUUAAAGGAGAAACUAUUAGCUUAAGUAUCAAGAAGAGCAUCUAACCUAGCCAUACAACUGCUACUUGACACAGAAAUGCUGAAAACCUUAUAUGGAGUUUAAUGUGGACAAUAUGUGGGAUGAGCUGUAUCAACAUCACGAUUCCAGUCUUAAGCAUCACCAUCAUCACAUGAUGCAUACAUAUAUCAUCAUGAUAGAUGUGGUGGCCUAAAGGUUAGAGAAGCAUGACCAGAGGUCGUAGUUCGGUCCAGACCCGCCAGAUCUGGGUGUGGAAAGUGAAAGGGCAGCACCUGGGGCAGCUUCUGUGCCCCUCCACCAGCUUCCAGGUGUGAAUGUGUGUAACCUUAUUUGAGUGUGAACAGGUGAAAAAGAGCUUAGCUCUCAGUGAAACUACCCUGGAAAAAUACAUGUUAAAACACGUUGCAUUUAAAUGAACAUAGUUGACCACAAGUUGCGGCUGAUUGAAAAAGAAAGAAAUGAAAGAAAAUAGAAACUGAAGAGAUGCCUUCAGAUUCCACCAAACCAUUCAAACCAUGACCAAUACCAUGGUCAAGUCUGUGUCUGCUUUAGAGUAACAAGACUAAAGUGUAACACACAUUGAAGGCAUCACAUCACUGGACGCGCAACAGUCGAUGCCCAUAGCACACAUCAGAUGCUCCAUACAGACAGAAGAAGUAGUGAAGGUAUAGCAGCCAAGAUCUGUUGAUCUGGGGAGUGAGCAUAAUAACAUUUUCUGAAGAGCUGAUGUGUGUCAAAGCUAAGAAGUUGGAGAGGAUGUGAAACAGAAGACCCACACCAAGAUGCUGCUGGUGUGCGUGCUUACAUAGAAAACAAGGUGGGUGUGGGUGUUUUGAUGAGUGUGGGCUUAAACAGGAAAUGUUUCAUCUUCACCAUUUGACCACUUCCUGUGCACUGCUAGUAGACUGCAUACGCACACACACACACACACACACAUUCAGCAAAUGAACAUCAGUGACGAAAUGAAUGUAUAUAUUUUACAUGUGCGACACCCUGUACACAGGCGUAGUAAAAAAUCCAAGGCGGAAAACCGAUUUUGUUGACGACUUUAAUGAGUGUUAGUACCAGCAGAUAAUGAUGUGUUUUAUAUGUGUAGAAGAUGUUUCACAGCUUCCUGUAUAAUGCACUCAGAGUGUUCUAGUCUGAGUAGUCACUCUUUUUGUAAUGGAACAGAGAAACCACCAAGAGGAUGUGAUCACUUUCUCACUCGACUCUCUGCUGUGUCUUUCUGUCUCUGCAGCAAUGGUAUGUUCUCUAUGGAAGCAUUUCAAUAGAAUGAAUGAGUGCUCUCUGUAUGUAUGUUUCUCCUCUUUGCACGUUUGUCAUUCCAGAUAAAAAUGGUUGAUUUUAUCCUUGUUGAAUGCACAGUGCAGACAUGCAGAACUGAGACCUGUUUGUUGUGUAUGGAGAAUGCAUGUGCAUGAAAAGAAACAAAUCAAGUUGUCAUACUCCUCAUUUCAUAUAAAUGAAUGACUGCUUCACAUAAAAGCGAAUAAAAACACAGUUUCAGUUC